GUGAACUCUUCUAGUGACCACAUUGAUAUUCCCCAUCAUAUUUUCUUUUAUAUUAUUUUGGGAUAAUGAGUGAUAAUGAUAGUGAAACUGUUUUUGAGGAUUAUGUUGACCUUUUUGACUUGGAACAUUUUGAUAUAAGUGACAAUAGUGCGGUCUUAGAUAAUACGGAUUUAGUGUUGACUUCUGACAAUUACAGUGACCAAGGUAGUGAAGUGCCUGCCAAUCAAUCUUUUUCAUUGUUUUCCCUUUUUGAACCAAGUCCAAUAGUAGCGAGUGUUUCACAACAUCGACUUUUGGCCCUUCGCGUUGCGGAUUUGGAAGAGAGACUGGGGAUCUUUCAAUUCGCAAUCUGGAAAAUUCCAUUUGAGAAUGCUGCCACUAUUAUUAGUAAUUUGUGUACUUCGAUCAUUGGCAUAGAGUGCAGUGCACAAGAUUUUACUGUUAUUAGAAAAUUAGACGUCAAGCGAAGUGGUGUGUUGGUUCGAGUGCCUUCGUUGAUGAUGAAGGAAUUAAUUUUUACCUUCAGACACAUGUUUAUGUUAAGGGGAUACAAUGUGGAUAUUUUAUAGUUUAAGUCGGUGAUCCGUGUACCAGAAUUCCAGAUGUCGAUUUAAAAAAUUGGAACAAAUUUGCCGCUAUAUUUUUGAGUUGGGACAGCUCUCGGACCGAUUAAGAGAAUUUAAGGGUGUAACUGGAUUUUCUCCAAAUUAUUCGGUGGAACGUCCCUCAGGUUCCAAUCUUUUACGGAUUUCAAAAAUGCCGAAUUCUUGGACGGUACACAAGACUCCAUCUAGUGUCACGAGGCCGAUUAAAUCUCGCAAACGUAGGGUGGAAAAAUGGUUAAACACCUUGGCUAAGUCCUGUAUGGAUGGUCCGCAGGAAUUUCAACAUUACAGGUCGCUUCCUGGCUC